UCAAGAGGGCGCGGAACAUCCACCCCCCUCCCCCCGGGGGCUAAGCCUUAGCGUCUAAACCUGGCCGCUUUUAUAGUUGCGAGUCCGUGGUACGGUUUUGUUACCAGGCUAACGGCCAAACCGGCAUAGCGGGCGAGCUAUUGAGGAGCUAAAGUUAUGCUAGCUUUCUGGCCAAUGCUUUUCCGUUUUUUUUCUUCUCUGCCAGCGUCAACCUAACUCUUAACAUGUCGUAACUAGCUGGCCGAACAGUUCGACGUCCGACAAGUGCCGUCUCCCACCCAGUGUGAUACUUCGUCGACAUUAAGGCUAGCUUGUUUGUCAUCACCUAACACUGAUGGAUGAUGUACUGGAGAAUUUCCUCAGGGAACAGAAGGCAAGGGUGGCAGAAGACAAAGCCAGUUUGGAACAAGACCCUCCUUACAUGGAAAUAAAGACCCAACCCCGGAGAGCUGAUGAGUCCACCACUAAAGAGAACAUUCCUCCCACUAAGUUGUCUGCAGUGCAAUGGAAUGAAGAGAGCUACUGCAUGGGUCUACCCCUCGGUGUGGACUACGAAAGGAAGAAACAGCGACUGCAGCAAGAGCUCCGCAUGGAUUAUAGACGCUACAUGGCUCAGAAAAACUGUCUUGAAGCUGGUGGGCCUGGACGAUCAGUUCCUCUUGUUUAUAGGAGAUCUUUGAAGGAGAACCUAGCUCCCCAUCAUCCUUUCCUCCUACCUGAACAUCAGUGCAGCCCCAAACAGGGAACCCCCUCCACAAAGGAUGUAGCCACUCUAACGGAGGGAAGUAGGAGGUUGCGCAGGAAUGCCAGGGCCCCCUUCCCUAAUGAAGAAGAAGAGGAGGAGGUGCUUGCUCCAAUGGAACGAGCAAGGCUGGAGAGUCCACUGGCGUCAGAAGAGGAGAAAUACACGGAGGAGGAGGAAAUGGAGCUGGCAGAGGGUAGGAGGCGAAAACACACCGGGGUGGAGGCCAGCUGGAGAAGACGCUCCAAUAAGAUGGGCAACAGGAAGGAUUUGACAACACUUGAAAAUAGAGCAUUUGAGCCCUCUGGCCUAUAUAAAGCUCCAAAAGCUUAUGGACUAAGCCAGGAAAGCGAGAAGGACAAUCCAGCAGGCAGAGCCAGAGUAGGCAGGAGAUCUCGAAUACAGACCGAUGAAGCUGAAUUUGCUACUGGACUUAUGAUUGGGCCUUCUGACACAGAGGAGGCCUUACAGAAGAGGAAGGAGCGCUAUAGGCUGGAGCUGCAGGAACAGAUAGCUGAGCAGCACCGAAAUAAGAAGAGGGAGAAGGACCUGGAGCUGAAAGUUGCUGCUACUGGAGCAACUGACCCAGAGAAACAGCCAGACCGAAUCAAACAAUUUGGACUGAGCAGAAGAGCUUCCCAAAGUGUGGAGCCAUCCGUGGCAGGAGACGGGAAGUUGUCUGGUGGCCUACACAGCAAUGAGAGGCUUUGCAGGGGUAAUGGAGAGAGGGAGCCCCCAGUGCAGACUCGUGUGGCCUUUCCGUCCCCUCUAUUGGAAUAUAGCUCUGCCCUGGGCUUGGGAGGUGGAGGGCAGUCUCCAUACAGCCACUCCACAGCAAUGCCCUUAACUAGAGCCAUGGACACUACUAGAAUUCCAAUGUUGCCUCCACACCCACCAUCCACACUAGGCGAAGCUUAUAGGAGACUGUACAGUGAGGUCUAUCCAUACCCUGGCACCAGAAACCUUCUAGAUCCAAACCAGCCCUACUAUGGUCAACUGCCUGUGACUAGUGAUGACCUCCCAGUGUCCUACUGGAAUCUUCCACAAGGGGGAGCCCAUCCUAGUCAGUUGGGCCAGUAUAGCCCCCACAGUCAGCACAGUGGAAGCAACCUCCCUGAGCCUACAACACAGUCCCCAGGCAGGCCUGUCAGUGAGAACGUUGCAGUGGACUCGGGAAGGGUGCUGUUGCCAUCAGAAAGGGACAAGAGCAGCAGAGAGAGAAUGCUGAGCUAUAAAGACGCUCUCAAACAGCAGAUCCAGGAACGUCAGGAGCAGCGGCGUCUGGAGCAGGAGGAGAGGGAACGCUAUGAGGCCAAGCUGGAGGCUGACAUGAAGAACCGCCAGCCCUGGGGCCGUGGAGGAGGGGGAGCCCCAUUGCGAGAUAGCACCGGGAACUUAAUCACUGACUUGAACCAGAUGCACAAGCUGAAUGAAGAGGCUUACAGCUGCCCAGAACAGAGGCAGCGAAGAGCUAUGGCUGCCAUGACAGCCCACAGAGGAGAACAGCCUGAUGCCAGUGACGGGAUCUCUGGUUUUGCCCAUGUGCAGGGCCCCCAGUUUGCCAGAGGCACCGUGUUUGCCAACCAGUCCACUCUCCAGCAGCUCCAGGAGCAGGACAAGUACAAAGCCUACCUCAAACAGCAGAUUGAGGAGAAACGCCGCAAGAAGGCUGAGGAAAGGGAGAGGAUCAAACUGGAGGAGGAGCGUGAGGAGAAGAGGCUUGCGGAGCAGAGGGCUCGUAUCCAGAGAGAGUAUGAAGAGGAGCUGGAGAAGAAGAAACGCAAGGAGAUGGAGCAAAAAGCCAAGAAUGAAGAGCUAAUUCAGCUGGCUGAGGAACGGAGGAAGGAGGCAGAGAGGAAAAAAAAGGAGGCAGAGGAGAAGGAGAACUUGGCGCUGAGGAGACAAUACGAGAGAGAGAAGCAGGCACGCCUGGAAGAGGUGCACAGGGAGCCAUCUCCACCGAUCCCUGCCCUGCAGAGAAGACACCGGUUACCCCACUACUCACCCAGACCUCCCACCGUUGACAGCCAACGCUCCAUUAACCCCCUGUCUGAGCACUGUCUCUCUGGUCUCCAGUCCCCUCCUGUCCCCGCCUGCAGGAACCAACUGCGAGCUGCAGAGGAUCAGCAAGAAGUAUUCAGCAAGCUGUCAGCAUUGCGUCGACAGCUGCGAAGUGAGCAGAAGCGUCUGGAAGGUCAUCUGUUACAGGCUGAGUGGGAGGAGCUAGAGUCUCCUCCGAGGAACAGACACAGAGAGCGCCCUCUAGUAGAUGUGUUUGACAUGGCCAGGCUGCGGCUCCAGGCUCCUGUCAGAAGGCCCUGGUCCAGGAACACAGAGCCCAGCAACUUGCUUCGCAUCCAUGACUCCCUCCAACUCAAACAAACAGAGGCUGAUACCAGAACAGGUUCGGUUGAGGUUCCUGUCGGGGAGGAAUUGGGUGGUGUGACCUGCCAAAGGAGGCGAGCUGACAGAGAGCAGCAACACCGAUCCAUCAGCCAGAGGACGACCUCCCAGUAUGAUUAUUUGGAUCCGCUACCACCUCAGCAAAAUAAUUAUCUGAGAAGUGCAAUGGGGGGCUCCGCCAGAGGUUCUCUGCUGGAGUCAGAAAGUGCUUUUAUCGAUCCCAUGGGUGAGGCCUUCCCAGUGGCUCCCACCCCAGAGCAGCAGAGGAUGCCUCAGCUGUCGGCUAGGGAGAGGAGAAGGUUGGCCAAACUCGCAUACGUCCCCCAGGAGGUUGCCAUCUCCAGGGAAGCCGUUGGUCAGCCAGAUAGCUACUAUCUCAAGUCAAAGAGCAGCCGGACCUGGGAGGCGGAGGCAGCUAGAGCCAGGAGCGCGAAUAAGGCCGGGAGACUGAUGGCUAUCAGGCAUCGGGGCGACACGGCAGGAGCAGCAGGGCUCUCUGAUGACGAAGGAGAUCCUGCCUCUCCUCAGGGGACCUUCCAUCACAUCUCCAUGGAAACGGAUCCCUGGACCCGGCCUGGUACGUCCGACACAUUGAAGUGGUUAAUGGAGGAGUCGUCGCAGAGGUAGCAGCCGACCUUGCAAGACUCUGUUCAACCUUGCAAGACUCUAUCCGUCCCCCCACCCCAACCUUCGUUCAGUCUGUCACAGCUGGUUUUUAUCAAGAAUACUGCUCACUCUUCCCUUUGUCUGGAUUUUAGUUGCAUUUUACUUGAGACUGUGCGAAGAGAUGCUUUAUGGUGAUAUGGUUGUCUACAAGGGUGAGUGUGGAAAGUUACCCAAUAAAUUAUAUUGAUAAUAAUAAACAGCUUGGAUUUGUUUAGCUGUAUCUUACAGCCACCUAUGAAAAGCCACCAGAGCCAUAGAACUGUCACCUUCCUGUCAGUGCCAUCAAGUGCUCUCCAACAGUUCUUCCCCAUUGGAUAUAUCAGAUCACCCAACUUAACGGA